GCACGGCUCUGGUCAUGAGGACACCGCCCUUGUCAUAAGAAGGCGCAUUCACAUGCUUUACCACGACCGUCUUCCGUCGACCUGUUCGUUCCUGCGACACCUUUUACGCCAUGCCUCGUGACGGAGAACGAAGCCAGCCUCAUCGCAUCGUGAGGGAAGCCUUCACAAAGUUUGAGGCUCUUGUUGGAGCGAACGAUGCACGGCUUUUCAGAGCAACCACCCUCGCAGACGUGCGAGAAGCUGCGCGCAUCAUCGAGCGUGAUCAGUCGCAAAGGAGAUGCAUGCGAAACAUGAGACGCAUUGAGCCCCUCUUUGACGCGUUACACUUACUAGGCGGCGCCAUCGAAACCUUGUGCCAAGGGACUCCAUAUUUGUGCUUCAUUUGGGCUCCUAUCAAGCUCCUCCUGCAAAUCGCCGAUGAGUACACCAAUGCCUUCGACGGACUUCUCGAUGCCUAUCGUCAAAUAGGGCAGAACCUGCCCCGUCUCGGCCGCUUCGCUGCUGCAUUCAACGACCAAGAUGACUUUCAAGCUGUUCUCGCCGAUAUCUACAGUGACAUCCUCGAAUUCCACUCUCAUGCGUACAAAUAUCUGCGGCGUGGAGGGUGGAAAUGUUUGUUCGAUGCGUCCUGGUGUGGUUUCUCUCGCCGCUUCAACGCGAUCCUGCAAAGACUAGCGAGAGGUCGGGAUCUUAUCGACAAGGAAGCACACAGCUUUGCUAUUCUCGAAGCAAAAGCCUUUCGCCAACAGGUUCUUGAAGACAUUGAACGCUCGGAGCAAGAACGACAGGAUUGGCAGUUACGCGAUACCCUGGCGUGGCUCGACCUCAAGGGCCAGGACCGCGAACAAGACGACUUAUUCGAGUGCCGAUCUAGGGCCCGUAAUCCUGAUACUUGCGCAUGGAUUCUGGAAAACUCCGCUAUUCGUUCAUGGCUUGAUCCCGAAGAUGGUCGGCCUCAGCUCUGGCUGCGUGGGAAACCAGGCUCAGGGAAAACUACCCUCGCGACCUUUCUCUACGAGAAUGCCCCGAUUCCACCAAAUGCCAUAAUGCUCUACUGUCUAUGCUCCUAUGGCUUUGCAAGAUCUGAAGCCAGUGUUUGCGGGCUGGUAUUCCGCUCUCUCAUUGCGCAACUCAUAAGGAAAGACCACAGCCUUCUCCCACACGUCUACGACAAUUUCGCGAAGACUGGAAUUGUACCCUCGGCCACAAGGAGCAGAGACCUACUAAAAGAGCUUCUCUGGGCUUCCGGUCCCUCUUUCCUCGUCAUUGACGGCUUGGACGAAUGCGACGGUAGCCACCAACGACAACUUUUGUCAGAUCUGCGCACGUUUCUGCUACCAAACAAGAACUCUGAUGAAAGUCUUCCGGUCGUCAAAAUCCUCGUUUGUUCGCGAGAAACAAAGGAAAUUGUGUCGAGUCUUAAAAAAGCGCCCCAGGUCUUUUUAACCAAGGAAAAGGUCAGAAUGUCGAGAGAUAUCACUGUAUUUGCUAAAGAAAGUCUCCUUCCAUUGAGGAGCCGCUUUCGUGGCUCGGUGGUUGACGAGAUCGAGCAGCUCGUGGUGGAGAAAGCUGACGGAAUGUUUCUCUGGGUGCAACUGGUCCUAGACAUGCUGCUUGAACAGCAAAGUGUAGAGGACUUGAGACAAACAUUGCACGAACUGCCGUCGGAGCUUCCAGGAGUAUAUGCCUCGAUACUCAGACGCUUGCAAGGGGCUUGUAAGGGACAACAAAAAGUCCAGCUGCAACACAUUCUCGGCUGGUUGACCUUUUCUUACCGGCCGCUGAAGGUACAUGAGUUGUGUGAUCUCGUCGUUUUUCGGAACCAUCAUUCGCUCAAUGACAGCACCAAGCUUCAAAAAGGCGUUCUGGAUAUUUGCAAACCACUUCUGGAGGAACAUGAAGACCGCACUGUCCGAUUGGUGCACUUCUCUGCAAGAGAGUAUCUCUUGCAUAAACACAGUGGUCCGUAUCUUGACCGUCAGGAAUGCCAUCUCAGUAUUACGCAGUCAUGCAUUCGAUAUCUGAUAACCUGUGAGCCUUUUACUGUGGAACCUCUGGCCCCUCGAACCUGCGCCGAUAUCGUGAAAGGAUUUCACGAUAUAUUCCCGUACGUGGAUCAGUUCUGGCCAAUGCACUUGACCGAGUCCUUCAGAGUUAUCCCAGGUCCAGUCUCAGAGGAACUGGUUUAUGCAAAGAAGGACAUUCGAAACCUUCUUCUUACGUUGCUGAACACCUUCCAGACAACUAUGUCGUACAGGGGAAAAGAAGAGUACCGAGAGGCCGGCGUUUACGAGUGGGUGGCAAUGCAUUCGCAAGACUUGACCCUUGAAGACUUGCCGGAACUUAUUAUUCGUCACAUUGACAUCAAGAAGAGGACGAGGGCAAGGCCCGCAGAUCCCAAUUCGGGCACUGUCUGCGUGAAGCUAGCCGCCCCGCCAGACAUUUCGAAGGAUCCAAUAUCACUCAGCCUUGCGUUCAAUCGCUUUCAAGAAGAGUUUGAGCGUUUACUGGCGCAUGGAUCAUCUGGCCUGGACGAUGAAAUCAGUGUCAGCUUCGCUGAAAUCCUCGAAUUUAGGACUCGCCACAGCUCUGGGGCAUACCUCUGUCGCUGGCGCGGAUGUGUCUGGGCAUCAACUGGAUUUUCGAGCGUGGCAGAACGAUCGACCCACGAAGCGAGCCACGAAGAACGAUUCCGAUGUCAUGAACCUGCUUGCGAUUUUGCUGGGCGGGGAUUCAAUUCCAAGGCCACCCUCCGAAAGCAUGUCGAAAAAUAUCACACUAGCUUAGACGACAUUGUACUUCCCCAGUUCCCUAGCGAUGGGCCUUCCGCGAAACCUACGUCCUACUCUGGCCGUCCACACGCUGACAGGUUGACUUCUUCUCAAGGCUUGGGCUGGCAGACCAGAGCACCGAGUCCUGCAUGGUUUGAUGAUGUUGAGCUUUGGCCCCCACCCGGUAUGAACCUUCCAGAAAGUUGGGAAACUGGAUAUCAGCCAUCUGUAGCCAAGCCAACGCUUCCUCCCAUUUCUUCCUUUGACAGUCGUAACCCUCAGACGCCAAACGAGUCAUCCCUCCGAACUGACCUGAUUCCAGGCGGUGGCGGGUCUAUGCUCCCGGUCCCCAGCCCGAACUCACCAGCACUCUUUGACUCUUUGCAAAGGGUCCCCAACCCGAGCUUCUCACCACGCAACGUUACCUUUCCCCCGAAUCAUCGUCGCACAGCCAUCGACGCUAUUGCAAGCUAUCAGAACAACCCGUUUCGCGAAAUGUCUGACCCACAAGAUACUGCCACCAGCAAUAUGGACUCUGUGCACGACGCCAGUGACGCUGCCAAUGGCCUGUUCAUGCUAGCGAAAGGAGGUCAGACCAAAGCGUCCUUAAGCCCUUCUAACUCUUCUCAAAUCAGCCCCCCGAGCUCGCCAGCUUCCAUUAUGGCCGACACUGGUUCUCCGCCUCAAGCCCCGACAUCGCUUUAUUCUCAGAGGUACACUUCUUAUGUACCACAGGAUCACGGCCUCACUUUUUUCCCCAGAGAGAAGUAGCUAACCGUCUAGUGGGGAGACCCAUAAGCUUAGAACAGUCCUCAAGUGAUCAAGGGUAGCGAAGAGCACAAUAUUACGGGAACGCGGCCCAUGACAGUCCUGUCAUAUUGAACGUUGAAUGGGCCCAAUACGCAAACAAUUUGGAUGCCUUCUGUCGACUAGUUACCAGGGACAAGAGGAAGGUCUUGGCAAAGUGAAAUAUGACGAGGGAGGGACCGGAAGGAGGUACCAUAGACAGAAGCGGAUGGAUCGCUACAUCUAUGAUCUACCACUUGAAGGACUUGUCCAUGACGAAUGCCAGCUUUCUUCAGUCGACUUGAUUGCGACUACGGCACUCCAGCCAUGCAGCUCUACCCGCCGUUCGCAGGGUUGACCAUGCAGUAAUCAACAUUGUGCACACUGGUGUCAGGAUUGCCAGCCCAUGUAGGGAAAGGGUGUGCCUUGCCACUGCCGCCAAAGACGGCAAAAGUAAAGAUAAACACCAUCACUGUUCAAAGCUUGUGAGCUGGGAGACGUGGACAUGUGGCAGACAGAGAGAUAGAGAGAGAGAGAGAGAGAGAGAGAGUCGUCUUAACUUACCUUGGGUUCCGCCGUCGAGAGCCGCACUCAGAAGGUAGUUGUACUUGACGAAAAACUGGGGCUUGUAUUUGCGCAGGUAGAAUUGCGAGAUGAACCCGACGAGAUAGAAAGACGUGAAUGACGAGUUGAUGCCC